GUUUAUUCGUGACCAAGCAUGACCGUGUGAGCUCAGCAAACUGCUGCGGCAUGACAGAAGCACUUUGAUCUAUAGAAGAGCUCUCUUUGUAGUCAGUGUUGAUCAAGACAAGUUAACAAGGAAUUCAACCACAGGAUUACCAUAGAAUGGGGUUAAAAAGACUUCAUGUCGUCAUCAUCUUCGUCGUUGCGGUGAUCAUUGUGGCAAUUGCAUUAGGAGUGGGACUGGGCCUUGGUCUUAAGAAGAAAGAUAGCAAGUCCGCUGACCCCAAGCCCAUAUUAGGAGAGGGUCCGUUUAAAAGCGGGGUUGUAUCUAGUGAUGCAGACGAAUGCUCCGAGCUUGGCGCAAAAAUGCUGAUCAAGGGGGGUAGUGCGGUGGAUUCGGCAGUUGCGACCCUGUUCUGUGUAGGCCUGCUCAAUCUGCACUCCACGGGGAUUGGCGGAGGAGGGUUCAUGCUCGUUUACCAGCGCGACACGAAGAAAGCGAAGUUUCUUGACUUCCGUGAGGUGGCACCUGGAGCCGCUAACUCCACCAUGUACGUGAACCAGACGGAGAAAGCUCAGCUUGGAGGGCUAGCUGUAGCCGUACCAGGAGAGGUUCGAGGUCUUCACACGGCCUGGAUGGAGUAUGGCAAGCUUCCGUGGAGAGACUUGGUACAGCCUACCAUUGACAUGGCUAAAGGCGGCUUCAAGAUCAUUCAUGCUCUUCAUGACGCCAUGAAAGGCGCCAUACCUAAAAUUUCUGCCGAUCCUGGACUAAGAGCUCUCUUGAUGGAGAAUGGCAAUCUCAAGCCAGAAAACUCGACAAUAAAGCACCCAGCCUUUGCCUUAACACUUGAAAAAAUCCGCGACAAUCCCAAUGACUUUUACGAAGGCUCACUUGCUGCAGACAUUGCAAAGGAUAUCCAGGACGGAGGAGGGAUCGUAACAGCUGAGGAUCUGAAAAACUACACGGCUCAAACUAAUAAAGUACCCAUCAAGAAUACCCUGGGGGGGAGGACCAUGUUCGCCACCACUGGUCCCUCGGGGGGCCCGGUCGUCACUCUGAUUAUGAACAUUAUGAAAGGGUACAAUCUUGGACCAGAGGCGCGCGCUUCAGACUCCGCGUCAGGGCUCACCUACCACCGCAUCGUGGAGUCUUUCAAGUUUGCGUUCGCGCGGAGGGCUUUGCUUGGAGAUCCUGCAUUUGAGAACAUCACUGAGAUAAUGAGCAAACUGACGAGUCCGGUGUAUGCGGAGAAGAUUCGUCAGAAUAUCUGGGACAACCAGACUCAUAGCAACGCCUCGUACUACGGAGCGGAGACCGGACAGACGGUAGACGGUGGUACCACUCAUCUCUCCAUCCUGGCAAGCAACGGGGACGCGGUGUCUGUCACGUCCACCAUAAACUACCGAUUUGGCGCCGCAUAUCUUGGUAGGCGCACAGGGAUCCUGUUUAAUAAUGAGAUGGAUGACUUCAGCACCCCCGGUGCCACCAACCUUUACGGCCUUCCCCCAAGUGAGGUGAAUUUUAUCAAGCCUGGCAAGCGGCCACAGUCCUCCAUGGCACCCGUGAUUUUCACUGACCAGGAGGGCGACGUCGAGUUGGUGUGUGGCGCCGCUGGCGGGUCAAUGAUCAUCACCAGUACUAGUCUGGUGUCUAUGAGCAAGCUCUGGUUCGGCCGAAGUCUCUCUGAAGCUGUCAAAGAACCUCGCCUUCAUCACCAACUCUUUCCCGAUGUAGUAACAUAUCUUGACCGAUCGCCCUACGAAUUACCGCUGGCAAUCCGUAAGGCACUGGAAACUCGCAAUCACACGGUCUCCCCCAGGACCUCGCAGAAUAUCGUGCAAGCUGUCAGUAGAAACAAGGACGGUUCCUUAUAUGGAAUGUCGGACCCAAGGAAAUUUGCCCGCGCUGCUGGUUACUAGAUCUGUAGCAUAGUGGGAUACAUCUGGCUAUUUUAGUGACCACCACCCCAUCACUGCGCGUGAGGAUUUGCUCCUUUUAUUUUGUCCUACUUCCACGCGGGUUGCGGGUUGUUGUUUUGCCAACUCGACAGGAAUGAAAAGAGAUCAUGUAAAAUAACUCGGAAGAAGAAAACAAGUCUAACUUAAGUAAGCAAGAUUGGCAAAUAUACUCACAGAAAACUAAAUCCCUGACUAGUUUGAAUGUUUUGUUUGUCCUGUUUAACCUGUUUAUAAAUGAAAUACAAGAAUCUGUACGGUCCGAGAUCAGACUCUUUGCAGACGACUGUAUUUGUUACCCCACUAUUAGAUCGCGAGAGGAUUGCGAAGAGCUACAGCGAGACAUAUCGAGACUCGCGUCCUGGGCUGACCAGUGGUCCAUAAGCUUCCAAGCAACCAAGUGUAACAUGAUCCGCAUCUCAAGGAAGACCAGAAACAACAUCAACCACCUGUACUAUCUGGAAGGUGUGGUCCUGGACUUUGUUGAGGAAAUAAAGUACCUCGGAGUCACAAUAACAAGGGACCUUCGAUGGAACAGACAUGUUGCUGAAACAGUGAGCAAGGCAAACAAGAUCCUAGGCCUACUUAAGCGGAACCUGCACUUUUGCGACACGAAAGAGAAGGAAGCAGUCUACGUAGGCCGCGUUAGGCCGCCGUUGGAAUAUGCAAGUGCUAUCUGGGACCCGCAUACCAGCAAGCUCAUCGUCGAGAUCGAGAAAGUCCAGAGGCGUGCAGCACGCUUUGUUACGGCAGACUAUAAUUUCUCCUUCGAGCCCGGCUCAAUGACGCGCCUCCUUUCCGAACUGGGUUGGCAGCCACUCGAAGACCGCAGGCGCACCUCAUCAUUGGUGCUCCUAAACAGUGGCCUAAAUAAUGCCUCUAUCCUGCCACUCGAAGAUCUGAGGAAACCGUCUCGCGCCUUGCCCCGCACUCAACACUCUGAAUUCUAUACUAUUCCUAACGCUAGAACUGACAUACAUAAAUAUAGUUUUUUGCCCCGUGCACUGAGACUGUAGAACAACCUUCCACAGUCUGUAAUUGACAUGAGAGGCUGCCCAGAGGCCUUCCACGCUGGGCUUUAGACUCGGCACUGCGAUGCGCACUGACAUAUUGUACAAUAGGUUGCGCAAUUUAUUAAAGUGAAGUGAAGUGUC